AUGGACAAGGCUACCGGAAACCAAAGUCGAAAGCUCGGAGACUCUCGCUGUGCUUGGCAAGGCACACAGCCACAGCAAGACUCGGACAUGUUGGCAAGGCAUAGCGAAAGAUAUAUGGGGACAAAUUGCCCUCACACAAUGUUCAUUUCUGUUUUAAGACCCGGUGUGAUCGUGCCUGAUUUCAUCCCUGAGCAGCAUGGAGAGUCUGAAAUUGGGCUCCAAUUAGCUUCUAGCAUGACUGUGCCCGAUUCCAUUCCUGAGCAGCAUGAAGGUCUGAAUCGGGCCACAGGUAGGCUCGCUGGAGACCAAGAAUGGUCGACGUUUCUCCUGGGAGCGUUCUUCUUCUCCUCGGAGCUUUUCUCUACUAUGAUUGAUUGA